AAAAAAAAAUUCCUAUUCAAAUUUCGUUUUUAAUAAACGUCAACGUUCAUUGAUAUGUUACACAUCUGCGCAUUUUACAAAUAAAACCCAAGAUAAAUGGCAAACGAAGCUGAAGAGACUGUUCGUAAGCUUUCCACCCAUAAAGGCGUAGCCGGCGUUAUAGUAGUCAACGGCGAAGGUAUUCCCAUCAAAACAACUUUGGACAACCAUGUUUCCGUCCAGUAUGCUGGACUCAUGACAGCGUUGGUUGACAAGGCGAAAGCUGUCGUCAGAGACUUGGACCCUUCAAAUGAUUUAACAUUCUUAAGAAUUAGAAGCAAGAAAAGUGAAGUGAUGGUGGCACCAGAUAAAGAAUUCAUUUUGAUAGUUGUGCAAAAUCCUGUUGAAUAACAAAAUUUGUUAUAUACUUUUGGCCUGUGAUAUCCCUUAAAUUUGUUACUUUGUUAAGUAGCCAUUAGAUCUGUCAUUAUGUAAAAUAUUUAACUACAGAAGUAAAAUGAAAUUAGAUAAUUUUUA